UUUCCAAAAUCUCCGCCAGACCCCACAAUCAAAAUAAAUCGACCACGCGUGCUUUUCCGCAGCAAUGACGUCACGUGCGCCCGCCCCUCUUCCCGCAAGUAAACAGAAAACAUAUUGACGAAAACGACCUCGUCAGGUGCCGUGCGUGUGUUCGGUGCGGGAAACGCGGUUCGAGAGAUGACAGCGGACUUUAAUUUUGCGUUUCCCCUGUGUUUUUAUCAAACUUGUGCGAUUUGGAGGCAGCUGACUUGCGCUGGAGCGAUGAAGGGAGAGGCGGAAGUGAAGUCACUUGACAGACCGUCCAUGUUAUUAUUGUUAUUUUGGUAGCCCUGUGAUGAGACGGGCUGGAGAGCCGCUGGUCUCCGAAACAACGACUGUUAACUGUUACCGCAGGCCGCCCCGGACCGACACCACCUUCACCACCACUUCACUGACCCGGAGACAGGAGCCACGCUGACUGCUGGGGGGGAGGGUGUGAGGACCCAGCUCCAGCUCCAGCUCCAGCUCCAGCUCGGCUCCUACACUCCGACUGACCAAAAAUAAAACGGCGACAAAAACAAUAACGGCAUUCGUCAAACGGCUCGACUGGCGUGUGUGCGGUUCGUAGCAGGGAAGUGCCUCCGCAGACAUGAACGGUAUCACCAAGGGCCGGUUCGAGGUGUUCUCAAACAGCGAGGAAGCCCCCAUUAAUAAGAAGCUUCCCAAAGAGCUUCUUCUCAGAAUAUUCUCCUAUCUAGAUGUGGUUACACUCUGUAGGUGUGCCCAAGUAUCCAAGGCGUGGAAUGUCCUGGCUCUCGAUGGCAGCAACUGGCAGAAGAUCGACUUGUUUAACUUCCAGACAGACAUAGAGGGGAGGGUAGUAGAGAACAUUUCCAAGCGUUGUGGAGGCUUCCUGAAGCAGCUGAGCCUCAGGGGCUGCCUGAGUGUCGGAGAUGCCUCCAUGAAGACAUUUGCUCAGAACUGCAGAAACAUCGAAGUGUUGAACCUGAAUGGAUGCACCAAGAUCACCGACAGUACCUGCGUCAGCCUCAGCAAAUUUUGCUCCAAACUCAAACACUUAGAUCUCACCUCCUGUGUGUCCAUCAGCAACCACUCCCUGAAGGCUCUCAGUGAUGGUUGCAGAAUGCUGGAGAUGUUGAACUUGUCAUGGUGUGACCAGAUCACACGCGAUGGCAUCGAGGCUCUGGCUAGAGGCUGCACCGGUUUACGUGCACUGUUCCUCAGAGGCUGCACACAGCUGGAUGAUGGAGCAUUGAAACACUUUCAGAAACACUGCCCAGAACUCACCACCAUCAAUAUGCAGUCUUGCACACAAAUAACAGAUGAAGGCCUGGUUAGCCUGUGCCGAGGAUGCCACAAGCUACAGAUUCUCUGUGUGUCUGGCUGCAGUAACAUCACUGAUGCCUCGCUUACUGCACUGGGACUCAACUGUCCUCGACUCAAGAUCCUUGAAGCUGCACGAUGCUCCCAUGUUACGGAUGCUGGGUUCACUGUGUUGGCCAGGAAUUGUCAUGAGCUUGAAAAAAUGGACUUAGAAGAAUGUAUUUUGGUGACAGACAACACCCUGGUACAGCUGUCUAUCCACUGCCCUCGCCUGCAAGCACUGUCUCUUUCCCACUGCGAGCUGAUCACAGAUGAUGGCAUCAGAGCUCUGAGCAACAGUACUUGUGGCCAAGAGCGCCUCACUGUGGUGGAGCUGGACAACUGCCCCCUCAUCACUGACGUUACCCUUGAGCACCUGAAGAGCUGCCACCGCCUGGAGCGCAUCGAGCUCUAUGACUGUCAGCAAGUCACCAGGGCUGGAAUCAAACGAAUCCGGGCCCACCUUCCAGAGAUCAAGGUCCAUGCCUAUUUUGCCCCAGUGACACCCCCUCCCUCUGUACAUGGAGGCAUUAUACUGGCUAUCUGUGCAGUGCCCGAAGACCCAUCGGCCUGCCUGAACGUUGAUCAGCAGUAUCUCCUGGUUACUGCAGUUCCCGGUAGUGUGCAAGGUUCGGUGCCUCUUAGCGGCUUUACCAUUAGCAGGGAUUAUUCCGGGAUUAAAGAGAGACCGGUUUCGGCGGGAGUGGAGCAGAGCAGAGCCCAUGUUGUGGAAGUUUGGGGCAGCUUUACCACUGAAGGGGUAGAUAGCUGA